UAUGUCUUACUGAGGUAAGACGUUUAGAGUGGUCAAGGAUGAAUGACCACAACUAUGGUUAUUGAUUUUUGAGAAGAAGUCUCUUCAGUCAACACACAUACAGUGAUGAAGACAAACUUGACUUGAGUGUGAACAUAGUUGGUGAUCAGUCUCUAUAUUAAAAAACAAAACAAAAACAGUACUACUACCUCAAGUACCGGUAGUACUUGAAGUCUGCAACCUUGAAGUCUGACAAGAUGCCUCAUUCAUAGAUUUUGAUUCUAAAUUCAGAUUUGAUCCUAAAUUCCAUUGGAUUUAAUCCUUCAUCAAAAGUGAGAAACAAAUCUGCAUUUAUAAAGGUAGAAACUGAAGUGAAAGUGUUGCGUAUGCCAACCAUGCAUGUGUACAAACUAAUUUGUAAUUUACUGAAAAUAGUCAUACUAUUACAGUCUAUGCCUACCACACACAUGCUUUCUGAGAGCAUGCUUGAAUUUUCUUGCCCGUUGAUGACGAGUGCUGUAGGCCUACUUCUUCUAAAAUAUAAAGAGAAAUCUGUGUGUUCUGACACACUGAGCUGUGGUGCUUGUGUUCGAAUCCUAUUCUCCACUGUUGUCUGAAUAAAUGUGGCAAAAAGACCACAAAUAAAAUGAAAACAUAUGUUCCAUUGAAAUGACUUUACAUGGACGUCAGUGCUUUUAUCCAAAAAUGACAUUUUCCAGCACCACAUCCAACAUAUGGCAUGCUUUUAGAUCUCCAUGUCUCAUUUUCAAUCCUAUAUGUAAAUAAAGGCUCGCCGAGUUCGGUAAUUGCACUAUUAUAAAUCAUUAUAUUGUGGUUUGUGUGUUAAUUUCUUAAUCGCUGGUUCCCAGUGGAUUGUAGACUGAAACGCAGACAAGGGACAGAUGAUAAAAGAUGGCAGGGAGCUGUCUAAACACACCAGUCCCUGUCAGCGCAGAUGGAGGCUGAAUGGCAGACUGAAAGAGGAAAGGGAUUUUCUUGGCAUUAAAAUCUUUCUUUUCUUGGCAGACCGCUCACUUUGCUGGUUGUGAAGGUCUAGGGGCGGAAAAUUGGCUUCUCAGACUCACAGAUGGUCUAAGGCUCGGUCUACACAUCCACACACGCACACACACAUGCAAACUUUGAGUUUUUGGUACACCAUUGCAGUUCUCCCCUCCUUUUUCUCUCCUCUCGUUUGCCAGUAAAUGUUUGUCAGCUAAUCUUGUCAUCGAGUGUGUAUUACACAAGCGAGUCUGUCAAAAUUGCACUUGUACUGUCACGUAAGCCAAACUCACACCACAAAAUUUUGACCUCUUGAGUAUGUGUGUUUGAAAAAGUGUCAGCGCUGUCACUGCUCCCUCUCCAUAUGUUCACAUGCAGAAAGCAGAGUAUGAAUAUGCACACACAUGCACACAGUGAGCCAUUGAAGUCCUUGUCUCAGAUUUUAAUUGACAAUGUGGCACUAUGUUGCCAGGCAGAUUGUUUCUGCACACCUGUACUAUCCUUAUUAAUAUAUUUUUCUCAGCAGAGAGACACGUGAGGUCCCAGCUGACACUAUUAUCAGAGGAGUACUUGAAGUACUACUUCACUAUACUUGAGUAACUGAAUACUUUUACUCAAUUGCAUAUCUAAGAAUAAUAAUAAUUAAAUGGUACAAAGUGUAUGUUUUUAUGGUAAAUGUCACGCAAAUCUAUCCUUAAUCUUAUUAAGAAUAGCUCUGUAUGUCUUACUGAGGUGAGUCAUUUGGACGAGUCAAACAUGAAUGACCACACUAUGGUCAUUGAUUUUUGAGAGAAAGCGUCUCUAAAGUCACACAUGUAGAGAUAAAGAAACUUGACUUGAGUGGAAACACAGUUGGUGAUCAGUCAGCUUAUGCUAAUUUUGGGUUUCAGGAUAUUGGUCUCUUAACAUCUGCUUUACUCUAGAUUCUUACAUAAUUGAGCAAGUUAGAAUUUUUGAAUUAAACAAUUUUGGAAGUUUAUGUACCUAAGUUAGUUUAAUGAGAAAACCUGUUGUGUGUCUUGAUUUCAUCAUUUGCAUCUAAAAUCAGAUACUUUGUUCUACGUUUGAUGACAAAUGAUCUUUGUGGGUUUUAAGCUGUAUACAAACCCAACAGAGCAACAAGAAAAGCCUAGUAAAGUUAGUAAAGCUAAUAGGCUCAGUAGUUUCUGCAGCACGAACACAAGCAUGUAGUCCGCCAUUGUUGUUGUUGUUGCUGUUAUGUGACGUAGCAGUGUCUGACUAGGGUCGAAACGUGGGGUGAUGACAUCAUCCUUUCACAAAAUAUAUAGAUUGGCUGUACACACGAAAACAAAAAGGUGUAGUUUUCAGAUUGAUCCAUUCUGGCCAUGGCCGUGUUAUCCUAAUGUGCAACAUGGGCUGCAGCUCAGGGCCCCGAACACUAGGGGACCCCUGAGUUAAUUCUCUUUUGCAUUUUAGGGUUGCCAACCGUUCCGUAUAAUACAGAAUCGUCCCAUAUUUAAGGCAUCAGUUUGUCCCGUAUUUGCAGACAUACGCCGUAUGACCACCUAGACCUAACAAAUAACAAAUACAUUUUUCUUUUUCCAAAUCAUUGUUUGGAUUGCAAAUGCAGUUGAAUCUUCUGCCGCCUAGUCGCUCUUGCUUCACAGCGUGUGGGACUCGUGUUUUGAUUUCUUCAAAUCAGUUUGGUCGAAUGCAAAGACAUCAUUAUUGAUCGUAAGCAGAACAUCCAGCUAGAAAACACACUAUAUACCUUUUACUAUUUGCAAUAGUUGGACUGAGGCUAGUAUGGAAUAACCUUCCUUUAUCUGUGAAAGCUUCAAAUUCUGUCUAUGAGUUUAAAACUAAAUUGAAAUCUUCAGUUUCAACUUCAGGUGGUCCCCCCAAAGCUGCGUUAGCCCAGGGCCCCGCAAAGGCUUAACAUGGCACUGACUCUGGGACCCGAUUUCAAAACAUAGAAGUUUCGGGCUCCCAGAACGCUGGAUCCAUCUGGACGAAACGCCGAUAUGAUAUAAAAUUUCCACUUAUACAGCUAAAUGCGUCUCUGUGUGUAUGGAGCCUUAGUUUGUAGCUCUGUGGUCUCAGCCUCAGACAUCAUGCCCACGGACCGUUGGCUGAACGUCUGAUGCAUAUGGAACACAAAAGCGGAAACGCUUCUGGAGUUUCUAAGUCGUCAUCGGAUUGGUUGAAAUAUACGUGAUUUCCGGGAGACGUGUAUAAAACAAAGAUGCUGUGUGGCCAAACCCCUCACGAAAGAAGAAAGCCGCCGUGUUUACAACUGUGACUACGAACGCUUAUAAGGAACAGCUAAACGCUGGAUUUUCAAAAGGAUGUGAAAUAUUAAACUUUCGUGGCAUAGAAUCUUUAAAAUACGUCCGAGAGUUUUACACACUGGUCUGUUAUUGUGGCGACAUUUCCACGCCCCCAAAAUGUGAUGCUGAACGAAACAAACUGUGAUUGGUUGUUUGACAUGUCGGCCUUGGCCAAUAAAAGCUGCCAUGGAUUCCAGACCUUCAGCUGUCAUUCUGAAGGUCUGGCUACGCGAGACUAGAAGCUCUGUGUCUUCUUCAUUUUGUUCUCCUCAUGUUUCCGGUUGUGGCUAGAAGGGAUCAAGCUAAAACCGGAAGCUAACAAUAAAUUAAGUUUUCUACCUAUUAGAUUGUGUUUUAUUAACAUCUACUCCUACCCCAACCCUAGACCUACCCCUUACAAUAAUGCAAAAACAGUAAUUAAUGUUGUACAUUGUGACAAAAAUUACGCUAUAUUGAUGUGCACAGAAACUGUAUACCAUCUAUUCUUAAUCCAUGUUUCCCUGCUGCUCUGUUCCCUUGUUUGUUGGCAUAUUGGAGCACACCCAUCUGUUUUGUUAUUUCCCACGGUUACUCAUGAGUUCAUUGGUUCAACUCUGUAUGUAUAGCCUUCUCUUGUGCUUUGUCAGUCGUUUGUUUUAAUGCACCAAAUCAGCAUAUUAGAAUUUCUGAAGGAUCAUGUGACACUGAAGACUGGAGUAAUUUAAGAUACCUUUUACAUUUUUAAAAAUCUUUUUAAAAAUGUAUUCACAUAGAAAAAUAAUAUAUUUUAAAAUAAUAUUUCACAGUAUUACUGUUUUUACUAUAAUAAAAAAAUUCUUAAUUCUUGUAACCAAAUAGAGAUUUUAUUUAAAAACCUUUAAAAAUUUUAAUUAUUUCACAUUUUUUGACGGACAGUGUACAUUAUGUAAUCCCAUUAUCAUAGUAAUAAAUAUAUACAAUGCAAAAGAAUGGAAUUAAAUCGUCUGCAGCCAUACAGAUAGUGAAAGAAAUUGCAAAUGAUCGAGAUGAAUAGAACAAGUAAGUUGGAGACAGGGGCAGAGAAAUUGAAUUGCAAAGUCAGCGCUUACCUGACUGUCUCUCCCUCUUUGUCUCUCUUCACUCUCACACACAUCAUUCAUACUCAACAUUAUAGUGACGCAUCAGUGUGUAUGCAGGUCAGACCCCAGGUGUAAAUGUUCUCAUUCUAGCUCUUGUGUAUGCGCACUUGUUUACCUCGUGGCCGGUAGAAGAGGGGAAAACUGAAUGAUCUAUUUAUUUACAGCAUGAGGCUGCAGCACUAUUUAUGAUCCUUAAACGAUAAGCUUUCGGGAGACUCGUAAAAGAGAAGUGUGUGUGAGUGGGGCUUGACUCUAGUAAGGCAAGACUGGGGACAGGAAUAUUUAUUUAUUUGUUUAUGUUUAGAGGGAGAGGGGCAUUGUAGGAAUUCAGUAAUUCAGGGUGUGCUUUAUGAUCUCUUGAAGAUGCUCCAGGUCUUCAGGGUCUUGAGGUUUCUAGCUUGUGUAUCAAUUUUAUUUUAAGACCUGUCUGUUUAUCCCUUCUUUGAUGGAAAGCAAACGGUGUCGAGAUCUCCUGAUCUCCAGCACUUAUCUCCAGGGUCUUUAGCUCUGCUAUGUGUACGGUUUAUCAAUACCAUAAAAUUUUAGCUGUGAAAUAUUAUGAGUCUCAUCAAGGACGAAUCUGUCUCCUAGGAAACAUAUGUGCCUUGCAAACACACACACACACACACACACACACACACACACACACACUUGUACACUCAACCACACUGUUCACACCUUACAUAAACAUAGUACUGUUUCAGGGCUGGUCGUAUUAGAUGGUUAUACCGUUUUACAUACUGCAUUACUAUAUCAUGGUAUUUCUCCAAUAUAGAAUACUAUAAAUGACAAGAAUAUAAUUUGAUACAAAUACCAUAACAUUAUGGCUUUCUAGACAUACUGUAUCAUGUCCACAUAUGAUGUUACUAUGGAAACUUGUCUGCAUUACCAUUUCAUGUACCGUGGUAUUUACAUUGAGGUAGAAUACUGUGAAUAUCAAGAAUAGCAUCGAGUUACCAUGGUACAUGUCUAAGAAAAUCCAAGACAUUACCGCACACUACCAUAUAAAUUUUAGGGUCACACUGACAAAAGUGCACAUUGUUGUUACUCUAAAAAACAUAUUAUACUUGAUCCGACUUCAAAUAUUUACUUUUCUGUCUCUAAAGUAUAUUAGUUAGUUAAUUGGAAGUAAAAGUAAGUUUUGUUGGUGUAAUUUAAGUAUUUGCUUCAUAUCAAAUCAAAAAUUUUACAUUUUGUGAAACAUAUCGAUGGCCAUCUUGUUUUCCUCGCAACAAGACCGUGGCUGAGACACACUUCCACAGUAUCGGUGAGUGACUAUACAAAUUAAAUAACUUUGAUUUUAUUCUUACUACAGUUGAUAUAUACAGUAUGUAUAUGAUGAUUUUGUCUAAGUUAACUUGUUUACGGGUGUGUUUUGUAACACGUAACAUACAUGUGGCAGCACAUCCGCGCAUAUUUCAUUGGGCGGAUUGCAAAGUUAUUGACAUGUUAGAGUGAAUAAAAAAGCAUGGAUCAAUGAAAAAUAAAUAGCUUGAUAUUUUAAAAGCUAUAUUAGACGCGAAACCGAACUGAAAUCGUUCUUUUCAAAACGGUUCUCUGUACUCAUGCACCCGCAGCGCGUGCACGAGACCCGCCCAUUUGAAUCGCCAAAUAUAGGCUAUACAAAAUCUGUUGAAGUUUAACAUAACACAGUCGUUAUGUCUUAUGCGUAUGUAAACUUUUGGGAGAAAAUUAGAUGUGAAUCAAUAUAUUGGAUCCGUGCAUUCAGUUUUAAAGUUAAAGCAGCUUCUGCUGUCCCUGUCCUUAAUCAAUCAAUAAAAGAAAAACACGUGUAAGUUAUGUUUAAUUCAUAACGUAAAGAGAUUUAAAAAAAAAAAACAUUUGGUUAGUUUAUUCAAUAGUAUUUAUCAUUAAUGUUAAGCACAUUUGUAUCUUUGUUCUGUUGUAUUUACUGGUCCUGUUGCUUGCUCGUAUAACAUUAGUUCAUGUGUAUUACUGUUUACUUGUCUAUGCUUUUAUUUUCUUUUAAUCCAGAUGGUAAUGGCUAUCUAUUUUUUUUUUUUUUUUUAGGAAAGCUGUUUUUAAUGAUUCUUCACAACAGUUUGGAGAUGUAAUUGAGUCGUAGGACAACUACCCAUACUAGCCAAUAUCCGGACAAUUCCAAAGCAAUACAUACAUGUUCAAGGUCACCGUAGCCACCCGAUCCAGUCCGUAUCCAGAUCAGAUGGUCACUGCAGUCACCUGGAUCCAGUCCGUAUCCAGAUCAGAUGGUGGAUCAGCACCUAGAGAUGACCUCUACAGCUCUGAAUGUCAGCGGAGACCAGGACACCUAGUUGAGCCCCAGAGACAGAUUCCCAGUGAAGACCCUGUUUCCUUGACAGCCAUCGGGACAAGACAAUGGGAACCAGAUCCUCCGCACAAUCUGACGUUGUUGCAACCUAGAAUUAAACUGCUGGUCCCGUCUGGCCAGAGGAGAACGGCACACUAUUUCGACACACUAUUUCCCUUUUUUAAUACUGUAAAGCUGCUUUGAUACAAUCUGCAUUGUAAAAAGCGCUAUAUAUAUGUAAAUAACGGUGACUUGACUUGACUCUGCAAGUACAAGAAAAACCAGCCCUGCUUGGCAGAAAAAUUAAGUUUUUUUUCUGUUGGUUUGUUUCUACAGAUGGACACAGAAACUUCAAAAGUUAGGUUCACCCAAAAAUGAAAAUUCUGUCAUUUACUCACCCUCAUGUUGUUCCAAACCUGCAAGACUUUGGUUCAUCUCUGAGACAAAAAAUUAAGGAAUGAAACAUUUCCUCCUACGACUGUUGCAGAAAUGAAUCAAAGCAAUGAGACAUCUAGCCUCUCAGCCCAUUUCAGCCUUUGGGUUUCAGGCAUGAGAUUACAUGGACGUCUAACAGCAGUGCGACUUUGUCCUCAUGUGCGUCGAUGGAGCCGUGUGUGUCAGAUGAACAUUUCCAGGCUCACAGUCACGCUGAACACACCUUCAGACGCAUGGAGGCCUACCUGAGGACCAGGAAACUCUGUGAUGUUGUCCUCCUCGCCGGAGACCGCAGAAUACCAGCACACAGACUGGUUCUUUCCUCAGUGUCCGAUUACUUUGCGGCCAUGUUCACCAGUGAUGUCCGAGAGGCAAAACAAGAGGAGAUCAAAAUGGAGGGUGUGGAUCCAGAUGCAUUAUGGGUCUUGGUACAGUAUGCUUACACAGGGCGUUUGGAGUUGAGAGAGGACACAAUAGAGAGUUUGUUGUCGGCUGCCUGUCUUCUGCAGCUGUCUUCAGUGGUUCAGGCCUGCUGCAGUUAUCUAAUGAAACAACUCCAUCCCUCCAACUGUCUGGGCAUUCGAUCUUUUGCUGAUGCUCAGGGUUGCCUGGACCUCCAUAAGGUGGCACACAACUACACCAUGGAGCACUUCAUGGAGGUCAUGAGGCAUCAGGAGUUUCUGCUCUUGCCUUCAUGUGAGGUGGAGAAGCUUUUAGCUUCUGAUGACAUGAAUGUUCCAGAAGAGGAAACCGUGGUAACAGCUCUGCUUAGCUGGGUCCGCCAUGAUGCUUCCUCCCGUCAAUCACAGCUUCCUGCUCUUCUCGCUCACAUCCGCCUACCCCUGCUUAAACCACAGUUUUUAGCCGAUAUGGAGGCAAAUCCAUUGCUAAGGGACAGUGUGGAGUGUCAACGGCUGGUGAUGGAGGCCAUGAAGUAUCAUUUGUUGCCAGAGAGAAGGCCGCUUCUCCAGAGCCCGAGGACACGUCCACGCAAGGCCACUGUUGGGGCACUUUUCGCCGUGGGUGGCAUGGAUGCCACAAAAGGGGCCACUAGUAUUGAGCAGUACUGUUUACGGAGGGACACAUGGCGGCAGGUGGCUGUCAUGAGUGGAAGAAGGCUGCAGUUUGGCGUAGCGGUUCUUGAUGACCGCCUGUAUGUGGUUGGAGGACGAGAUGGGCUCAAAACUCUCAACACAGUGGAGUGUUACAACCCCCGCAGCAAGAGCUGGAGCGUUAUGCCCCCAAUGUCCACGCACAGACACGGCCUGGGCGUUGCAGUGUUAGAAGGCCCCAUGUAUGCAGUGGGAGGUCAUGAUGGUUGGAGUUAUCUCAGUACGGUGGAGCGCUGGGACCCUCAAGCUCGCCAAUGGAGCUUUGUUGCAUCCAUGGCAACACCUCGAAGCACUGUGGGAGUUGCAGUGUUAAACAGCAAGCUAUAUGCUGUGGGUGGACGUGAUGGAAGUUCAUGUCUGAAAUCAGUGGAGUGUUUUGAUCCUCACACCAACAAAUGGAGCAGCUGUGCUCCCAUGUCUAAACGCAGAGGCGGUGUUGGUGUAGCAACGUGGAAUGGUUUUCUGUAUGCUAUCGGUGGCCAUGAUGCCCCAGCUUCAAGCUUAGCAUCUCGACUGUCAGACUGCGUCGAAAGGUAUGACCCAAAGACAGACAUGUGGACAGCAGUAGCUCCCAUGAGCCUCAGCAGAGAUGCUGUGGGGGUGUGUCUUCUGGGGGACCGUCUUUAUGCUGUUGGUGGUUAUGAUGGUCAGGUGUAUCUAAAUACCGUGGAAGCUUAUGACCCCCAAACCAAUGAGUGGACACAGGUGGCGCCGUUGUGUUUAGGUCGAGCCGGAACUUGUGUGGUUGCAGUUAAGCUUUGAAAUGCCUCCUGCUGUCAAUCAUCUCCAUGGUGACCGUCUUACAGUGCAAGCCUCCAGUGCUCUGGUUGUAGUGUCUCCAGACAGAUCUGAGCAUCUGCUGACCAGAGCAGAGAAAAUCACUGACAUACGGCUGAAUACUCAACUGUGGUCUUCCUUUAUGCCUUCUAGUAUGUAUUUAUCUAUUAAAAGCAGUUUAUUUUAUAGCUGUGCACAUCAAGAGCGAGAGCGAGUCCAUCUCUGAUGAACAGGUUUAUUCAAUUUAAUGUCUAUGUCCAGCCAUUUGUCUGUCUAUCUAUAUAUCCCUCCGUGUUUCAUGUUUCCUAUACAGUCACCACCAUUUUAUAUAUAUAUAUAUAUAUAUAUAUAUAUACUAAGUAUAUAUACUAUAUAUAUACAUACUAAUAUAUAUUAAGAAUAGAAAAAAUUUAUCAUGGUUUCCACAAAAUAAUUUAAGCAGUACUGCAGCUGUUUUCAUUGAUAAUAAAAAAUGUUUCCAAAUGAGCAUUUGUGACCCUGGACCACAAAACCAGUCAUAAGUAGCACUGGUGUAUUUGUAGCAAUAGCCAACAAUACAUUGUAUGGGUCAAAAUGUUCGAUUUUUCUUUUAUGCCAAAAAUCAUUAGGAUAUUAAGUAAAGAUCUUGUUCUAUGAAGAUAUUUUGUCAAUUUCCUACCGUAAAUAUAUAAAAAUUUAAUUUUUGAUUAGUAAUAUGCAUUGCUAAGGACUUCAUUUGGACAACUUUAAAGGCGAUUUUCUCAAUAUUUAGAUUUUUUUGCACCCUCAGAUUCCAGAUUUUCAAAUAGUUGUAUCUUGGCCAAAUAUUGGCCUAUCCUAAAAAAUGUAAAUUGACCCGUAUGAAUGGUUUUGUGGUCCACGGUCAUAUAUUAGAAUGAUUUCUGAAGGAUCAUGUGACACUAAAGACUGAAGACUGGAGUAAUGACUGCUGAAAAUUCGGCUUUGCCAUCACAGGAAUAAAUUACAUUUAAAAAUAUAUUAAAAUAGAAAACAGAUAUUUUAGAUUGUAAUAAUUUUUUUUCACAAUAUUUCUUUUUUACUGUAUUUGUGUUGAGCCCAAAAGACUUCUUUCAGACUUCUUAGAUGUAUAUACAUCUAUGUAUGUAUGCAUUUAUUUAUUUACAACUAAAUAUUACACUUAGAUAGCAUUAUUUUGGUAGCUUAUUUGCAUCACCCGAAUUUACAACUACAAUAUUUAAUACAUCACAGAGAAGAAACAGAGUGGAAAUGAUAAAAAAAUAUUCAGAGUCAAUUAAAACAUAACUAUAAUGUGCACAGACAAAUUUUCUCUGUAGAAAUGGCCUGUUGUCUAAGAAUAGCCGGAGUGCAGUAAAGUGUCUCUAGGGAGAACUAGAGUGCUGGAGAGAGAACUAGAAAACUAGUGUAUGUGUGUGUGUUUCCUUCUGUCUAUUUUAAAAUCAAGCAUUAUUAUUAAUGCUUUAGCAGUGAAAUCAAAAGUGACAGUGGUUCUUGAUGAGAUUUUCAUCUUCAUGCAGGCAGGGUCAGAACAAAAGGCCUGUAGUAGAAAAGAAAGAUUUUGAGAUUUGAUCAAAUGGUAUUGAUCAAUGAGCAGCUUCUGCGAUAGUCUAGCAAUUUGUCUAUAUUAGACAGGCAAAUAGAAUGGAGAGUAUGGGGAGAAAAGAUACGAGAGAGGAACGUAGGUAGAAGCUAUGGAUGGAAAGACCAAAAUUGGGAAGAAAGAGAAGAGAUUGAAAUCGUGCCGCAUGCUGAGAGUGGAAUUCACUUUGACAUUAUCAGCCCAUCGUAAGCGCGCGUGUCUUUAUAUUUAAUUUACCUGCCCAAACACAGUCUGAGCAUAUCAGCAAUAUUGCAUGGGAAUAUUGUAAUUAUACCUACAAGGGAGUAACACAAUCCUUCAUUAUACCGUGCCCUUAUUCCCCAACUCCCUUCAAGCUCCGAGAAAGAACAUCAUAACAAGGUCUAAUGCAUAUUCAGAACUCUGAAUCAUUCUAUUUUUUGAAUUUAGAAACGCAUCCCAGUGCUGAGUGGAGGAAGUUAACCACACAAACUGAGAUGCUGUUCCCCUGCUGAGCAAAGGAAAGCUUUAGUGAAAGAUUAAAGAUCAUUGUAAAUAAUGGUUAUUGUGGGGUUUUUCCUCAUGGCUUACACAAUGUUUUAUUUAUAGUAUUUCUAUUUUUGCAUGAUGAUUCAUCUCCACAAUAACAGCUGGAUUCUGGGUCACUGUCCAUUUAAUGGAAAUCAAUUCUGCUGGAGAUCAGAACAAAAUCAAAAAGACCAGAUUAACCACGAUUUAGAUUUACAUCCCACAUUCCAUCUCUCUUUCAAUGAACUGCAGAUACAUGGAAAAAAUAUACUAUACACAAAUAUCAGUUCAUCAGCAUGAGACAUGAACAUUCAGUUUGGAAUAUUGUUUUGGUUAUUGUACAAAAUUAAUGAUUUUUAUAACCUUCCCUCCCUCAUGUGCACUGUAAAUUUUUUGUAAAAGUAAAAUAUCUAAACAUUCUUAAAAAAAAUAAUAAUAAUUUAAGAAGCAAAAUAGUUUAAGAAAUUAAAGGAAUAGUUCACCCAAAAAUGAAAAUUUGCUAAAGAUUUACUCACCCCCAGGCCAUCCAAGAUAUAGAUGAGUUUGUUUCUUCAUCUCAUCGUUGACUCGUUUCAGACUGCAUCUGAAAUAAAUUAUAGUUCUGCCAUUGGCAGUUUGUUUUAAGCAUAACUCUAGCCAAAUUCAGUGAGGUUUCUGCAAUGAACAAUAAAAAACAAUUUGCCAGUGGGUUUUGAAAAUAAUCUUAUGGGUUUAAAAAAAAAAAAACAUUCUCUAUUUUUCUUCCCAAGUACAUUUAUCUUGUUCAAUGAAUGUUUUAAAACAAACAAACAAAAAUAUUGACUUAAGUAAGUUAUUUUUGCAGUAUACCCAGAGCGUUUUCUUUGAUGGUGAGAUCGAUUUUUUAUUUUUUUUUUCUCUGCAGAUCAGUACAGAAUUUAAGCUUUAGAGUUUUAAACCAGCUCUUUGGAUCUCUUCAGUGCACUUUUCAUUUUGCACAACUAUGUCUGGUUUCCACUCAGGGUAUCUGUUUCUGUUCACCAGUCUCAUUUUUUUCCUCCUUUAUCUGUCCGUUUCUUUUUUAGUCAGUUGUGUGUGUGUAUAUCUACUCGUGCAUCACUGUCUUUGUCUUGGAGAAAAGUGUCAUGUUUUGUGUGUGCGUUUGUGUUUUCAUGGCACACUCUUAAACCCCAUACUGAGUACAAAGUGCAGCUUGAGAAGUCAGAGAAAACAGUUUUGGUAUUUUGAUCUAGUUUUCUAAAUCCCAAGAUCCAUUUCAGUGUUUUAAAUGAAGAAAGAGAAGUGCACAGAUUAGCAUAUGAAAAGAAACAGAAAUAAAUGAUGGAACAAUUUAGAUCAGAGAUAUUAAAAGUAGAAAAUAUAGAGCAAGAGAGCACCAGAUACUGUUUACAAUAGAAUAUUCACACUAGAUUCUCUUCAUUCAGUCGAUAUCAGAAACUGUAAAACCGUUAUUGCUGUAGUGUUAUUUUGUCAUCAUACUGUUGUUAUUCAUUUUAUAUUUCAUCAUUAUGCUGUUCAUCAUUUUGUCAUACUUGUGCAGCUAUGAGAUUUAUGCGAUAAAAGUACAUGAAAUAUUUUCAGAGGAAGAAUUGUAUUGGUUUGGUUUGUGAGGGACAAACAAUAAUAUCUCUAAAAACCAUGAUGGUCAGUGUUAUUUAUAUAUUAUUGCACAUUUAAAGUGUCAAGUGUCAUGGUCCUCUUAUGUGUGUUCUGUUAUUGACAGGUUUCCAUAUAUUAAUUAUUAUCUUGCACUAUAUUCAUAUUCAGCUAAAGCAGAGCCUGUCCUCGUAGUCAUUUUUUGAAAAUGAUAAAUAUUUUCAAACUGGCUAAUCACAGUUUUGCUUCAUUUGUUUUGGUUUUCAUAUAUAUUGGGAAUGUAUAGUAUAUCAUAAGAUAUUACAGUAUCAAAGAAAAAAUUAUCACACGUGAAAAUGUACAAUACAACACAUACUUACUCUUUACAGUAUUAAAUUGAAUCUUAUGAAAAAAAAUGUUAACAGUUUGUAAAAAUGAUCCCAUUUAAUUCCAUUGUAUUUGAAUUGUAAUUACAUCUGGCUACACACACCCACAAACAUACAGUAUUUAUGAUUGGAAUAUUUAUAUAUUCAUGAGGCUGAGUUACAUCUAAUUGUGCAACAUUAUCACUGAAUACACUACUGUUAUGUGUAUUUUUUAUAUAUAUAUUUGUCAUCUUUUUUUUAUAUAAAUACUGGAAGCUGUGUCAGUGAAAUAAGUGAGUGAUCUCAGGAGGAAUCUCUCUUAAAUGUUAUGCAUAUUGUUGCAUAUUGUUAUGUAUAUGUUGUAGUUUGAUCAUGGAUGCAUCUCUCACUUGUGCAGAGCUUGCUACCUGUAUGAUGAUGGGAGGCAUGCAAUUUUUUAUUGUAAUAUGAAUUGCUGUCCAUGCAAUUGUUUUUCUUAUGCAGUACAUUUCACAGUGUAUUGUUUGAUUUAUGACUAUUUUUGGUUAUUAAACUGCAAAAGAAUGUC